AUGACUAGCUUCAAGCAGAUGGCCGGCGCCAUUCUCGCCAUUCCGCUGUUCUUUACAGCGCAAGUUGCCGCACUUCCUACCGCGGGUGUAAGCUGCUAUGAUCCUCUCAGCCUGACUGUAGCUGACCGCAAGCAGAUCACUGGCCUCUCUCCCCAGGCCAACCAGCCACUCAGCUGCUUCGAUCCAUCAGGCACCGUUGCUGAUCAGGGCUGGAAGAUGUGGAUGCAUGCCAGCGCGUUCUGCCAGGAGUUCGACCUGGCCAUCAUUCCAGUCAACGGCAGUAUCACCGCGUCGUCCUACCAGGCUGUCAAUGGGAAUUACUACAACCUCGAAGUGGCCAACGUCCGCUGCGACAGCCAGCAAGUCCGAGUGGACGACUGCAUGAGCCUGUUCAGCGAGAUCCUCGUCGACUGCAAUACUGGCGCGAACGAUCUCAACGUCGGUGGUCUCGUCUCGACCGACUGCGGUCACGUCACCCUCUUGCCCAGUGUGGACAAGGUCGAUACACCAGGUUCCACGUCCAGCAACGCCACUCACGCAGUACGCGACAUCUACCCAGAUGGCUGCAAUCCUCCCGUCUGGAGCGCCUGCAGCUCCUCUGAGAAGGCCGCGCUGCUUGACAACGCAUGCGAUUUCAGCCUGUGCUUGAAGGCUGGCAACUGCGCUCCUUGCUAA